AUGGAGGAGACAAUCCCAUAUAACAUGAAAUUGCCCACCUUGCCAACUGUUAAGCGUAUCGGACGCGAUCCUGUGUCGAGUAUUCCCAACCACUAUCACAGGAACCGCCCAGAGAUGGUACAACAAGCUCAAACCUGGGUCGAUCAAGAGCUUCGCCUCACUAUCGACGAAAUUUCUAAACAGAUGGGCAUAGCCCAAAAAUAUUUCGAGCUGGACGAAGGCUGCAGGGCCAUUCGCAGAAAAGAGGCAAAGGGGAAAGAAUCAAAAGAAAAAUCCAAUGAGAAGUCGAAAUUAAGAUCGGAAUAUAGGCGAGGGAGACCUGAAGAGAGCAGGCGAUUCGCCCCUCAGGAAAGAUACGAACCGAGAUACGACCACCGAGAUGAUGAUCGAAACUAUACACCACUGAACACCAGCCGAACUAAUGUUCUCAUGUGGAUCAAAGAAAAUGUCAAGAACGUGGUAUGGCUGCCUAAGAUGAAAGCUGAAAUCAAAGACACAAGGAAAUACUGCAAGUUUCAUGAGGACUAUGGGCACGAGACAGAUGGGUGCCGAGACCUUAAAGUGGAAAUCAAGAGAAUGAUAGAUGCAGAGCUUGACAGAGAUGACAAAGGAAAGGAAAAGGAAGAAGAGAGGCCAUCCAAAAUUCUGGGAACCAUACACAUGAUCAAUGUAGGAUGGCACAAGAGUUCGACUAUCAGAAGAAAACAAAGAAGAGAAGCGAUGAGAGAAACCCACAUGCCACCAGCAAUCUUUGACGUUGAGGAUUACGAGCAUGUGAAAGCGCCCCAUAAUGAUGCUUUGGUGGUAACAACCAUCAUCGAAAACUGGAACAUGGAGCGGAUCCUUAUUGAUGAAGGAAGCGAUGUAAAUCUAAUGACGAAUGCUGCAUAUAAGAUGCUGGGAGGAACCGCAGCAAGGCUGCGCCGAGUACUUAUCCCGCUAUCUGGACUCGGAGGUCCCCCAAUCAACACACUAGGUGUUGUCACUUUGGAAGUCAUAAUCGGCCCGAGAAGGGGGAUCAACAAGAAGGUCAUGUCCCUAUUCAACGUAGUGGAUAUAGAAUGA